AUGGAUAGUUUGGAAGAAUGUGAAGAAGAGGAACCAGUUGGCUCACUCGGACCAACAAUCGAUGACGCUUGUGAUAUACAAGAAGAAGACGACGAAGAAACACGAGUCCGAGGGAUGCCAUCGGCAAAAUAUAUUGAACAAUAUUAUCAAGAUCUAUUGAAAUGUGGAUUCAAACAACGUCCAAUCACUAGGCAAUCUGGUGAUUAUGAUAUGAAAGAUCCAACUACAAAUGCAAGAAAAAAAUUGAUCGAAUUAUGUCAACAAUUAGUUGAAACCAUUACAACACGGUUUCGAGAGAUACCAUCUGUUUUUAUAUUAAUGAAAAACUGCUUAGACGUUUCACCUUUAUACGACCAGGUGGUAUCAACAGGUAAACAAACAAUGCUUGAUUAUGGUAGAGUUGAAUUACAAGGACUUAUUGAUUAUACGUUGUUGAACUCAGAAUAUACACAGAUAGAUGAAAAUGCUAUACAAGAUCAAUCCUCCGAAUGGAAGCAACGAGUUUUACAUGAAAUUAAAGACAAGGAAACCGUGGACAUUUGGACAACAAAUGGAGAAUUGAUCACAUCAAAAGUAAUGAAAAUAUUUUAUACAAGUAGAGAUUUAUCCAACGGUAUCAGUGAUUUUCUCUAUUUUCAUUCAUUAAUGGUACUCAAAAUUAGAACCGAAGCGAUAUGUGAAUCAGCAGCGUCAAUUUUAAAAGGACAUAUACAUGGUAAUCGUUCAUUAAAUCAUGAUUCCGUAGAUAGCAAAGUAAUGCUUCAUUGGAAUGCUCCUCCGUUGCAUCUCGCUGAUUCAUUUAUCAAACAUUCACUGGAUGAUUACUUCAACAGCAAGAAGGAGAAAAAUUGGUUAUUUUAUAAAAAGAGUGAACAAUAUCAAACAUGGAAACUUAUAUCAUCUGGUUCUGUUGUACUGAAUUGUUUGAGAAAAAAACAAGUCCCAAGAUUACCAGAGUUAAUCGAGGAUCAAUAG